AUGGAGUUCGAGCUCGGGAAGGUGCAUGAGGAGGUCGUCCGUGAGGAGGUGCUGCUCGUUGGCGAGCAGAUGAUGUACGAUGUUGGAGGCGACGAAGGGGUCAUCUCCCUGAUGGCGAGCUGGACGUGCAGUGCACCCUCGUUCCUCCCUCUUUCCUACUUCAGGGUCGUCGGAUUGGAUGUCCUCGGUGACUUGUCAGGGUACAUAUAUAGACUAAGGCUUGUGUCUCCUGGGUGCAUUUCCUAUAAAAUUAGCUCUCAUCACCAUGACAAAGUUUCUUCCACUGAAUAUGUGAACCUGGAGAAGACUCCCUAUGAAGGUCUCCUGACAACUAAAGUUUUACCUGCUAUUAAAAUGGUCGAAGCAGAGUUCAAUGAGCAUAUGGUAAAGAAAGGUAUCAAUGGAUUCACCAACGUAGAUUACAAGAGUAAAGGUUUAUCUAACGAGGCCUUGUCGCGGCGCUACAAGUGUUGCCCCCUCGUCCCAAAGGGCAAGGUGAAGGAAGGUGCCUGUGUGGUUCUUCUGCAGCUUGCAACGAGGAUUGUUGUGUCCAACCUGCACAAGAAUGCCAAGAAGUCCUUCUCGGAAACGAUUAAGGACAUGUAUCUGCACUACAACGAGAGAUCUGGACUGCUUCUUUGUGGCUUCCAAACUUAA